CUUCGGUAAAAAUAAUUUUGCGCAAAAAACCGAAAAACCAUGGCCGGACGUGAAGCCAUUAAACGGGCCGUACAGCAGGUGCGUCCCAUUCUGUCCGUCGACAGGGAGGAGGCACGCAAGCGUGCCCUGAACCUUUACAAGGCCUGGUACCGCCAGAUUCCCUAUAUCGUAAUGGACUACGAUAUUCCUAUGACUGUGGAGCAGUGCCGCUCCAAGUUGCGCGAGCAAUUUGUCAAGGACCGUCAUGUAACCGACAUACGCGUGAUAGACAUGCUCGUCAUCAAGGGGCAAAUGGAGCUGAAAGAGACGGUGGAGAUCUGGAAACAAAAAGGCCAUAUUAUGCGCUACUGGAAGGAGUCGCAGGAGCCCAAGCCCACGGAUUUCCUCUCAAAAUUCGUCCAGGGCGUUAAUUAGAUUUUCAAAUUAAAGUAGCUUAAAUAUAUUCCGAGUCUGGAGUGAACAAGUAA